CCCUUGAAAAAAAAAAAGAGAAAGAAGAGAUUACUUACGUAUAGGUAGGGAAUAUUAAUGUUAUCUGAAGUAGACAUAAUCUUUAUAUUAAAGGAAAUUAUGAUGAGUAGCCUUCAAUGGGGAGUGAUGUGGUAGUUGUUAAUCCCUUAUCCUCCUCUUCUCCUUUACUACGCCACAGAUUUCCAUUCAACAAUUCGACUUCAAUAAAUUACACACGCUGUUUCUCCAGUAGCAGGCGCCCAAAGGACUACCCGGGGUAUAGCUGGGAUAAAGGAGCAGAGUUUGGUUUUGGAAGUAGCAAGCGGAUUUGGUGGUCCGAUGAUGAUGAUGAGUAUGACGUUGAAGACGACGAAGAAGAAGAAGCUCGAUUUGUUGAUGGUUUUGGAGCUGUGGAAGGUUCCAUUGGUUUUGCCUGGGUUAUCAAGGUGUUCAGAGCCUUUGGUUGGAUGCUUCCAGCUAUUAUUAUGUCAGCGGUACUUGGAACAGGUACAAAUACCAUUAUCAUGGCAAUAGCACUUCCUUUAGCACAGUCUGCUCUUUCUUUACUGAUGGAUGCCAUCUGGGGAUGGUCCGACGAAGGCCCACGAUCCAAGUACAAGAAAAAGAAAAGACGCUAUGCUAGAGCAGCGAGCAACCCUGGAAUAAGAAUGGGAAAAGGACAAAAUACUCGGAAUGGAAAAGGAGACUAUCAGUCCUCAAAUGGUGCAUCAGAUAGAAAAAAUUCUGGAAGCAAUCUAAAUUUUGGUGGCUGGGAUGAACUAGACAAUCAUGGGAUGGAAAGAGAGCAGAAAAAGCCCAUUAAUCGAAGACCGGCUCAACCAAGACAGUUGACUGAUGGUAAAUUGAGUAAGAGAAUCGGAAGGAGAGAAACUCCAUUGCUACUCAGACUGCUAUUUGCUGUUUUCCCGUUCUUGGGAUCGUGGACCAAGCUAUUGUAAAUUUGUAAUGGACUUCCGGAGUUGAAGCCUUUUGUAUUGUCAAACCUUAGCGUUUGGCAGCAAGCAAUCUUUAUUUGGUCCUUGUUGUUUUUCUCUAAGUGUGUUCAUUCUUACUCAGCUCGAGCACUCUUGUCCUAAAAUAAUGCCAAACAAAAAAAAAAGCAUCAUAAAAGACCUUGAUUACUUUGUUUC